AUGCUGCCCCAGCAGCAGGCGGCGGGGUCCGCCCCCAGCCCCGGGUCGUCCUCCUCGUGCGAGGACAGCUGCCGGCCGCCGCCCAGGAACUGCUACCGCCUCGUGCUGCUGGGGUCUUCGCGCGUCGGCAAGACCUCCAUCGUGUCCAGGUUCCUGAGCAACAAGUUCGAGGACUCGUACACGCCCACCAUCGAGGACUUCCACCGCAAGCUGUACCGCAUCAGGGGCGAGGUGCACCAGCUCGACAUCUUGGACACGUCCGGCAACCACCCCUUCCCGGCCAUGCGGCGGCUGUCCUUCCUCACAGGGGACUUGUUCGUGCUGGUGUUCAGCCUGGACUCGCGCGAGUCCUUCGAGGAGGUGCAGGCGCUGCGCGACCAGAUCCUGGAGACCAAGCUGAGCGCCUGCGCCGCCGCCGGCUCCUCGGGGGUGGGCCGCCGCAAGCCGCCUGCCCCGCGCGUGCCCAUGGUGCUCGUCGGCAACAAGAGCGACAAGCAGAUGAAGACGGUGACGCCUGAGGAGGCCGCCUCGUACGCCGCCAGCCAGGACGACUGCUGCGUGUUCGUGGAGACGUCCGCCAAGCGCAACCUGCGCAUCGACGAGUUGUUCCACGAGCUGUUCCUGGCGGCGGGGCUGCCCUUGGAGAUGGCGCCCGACCACCACAAGCGGCUGCACCCGGCCUUCGGCAGCCCGUGCGCGCUGCCGCCGCCCUCGCCGCAGCACCGCUCCAAGAAGUGCACCAUCUCCAUCCGGCGGCGGCUGAGCGACGCGUGCGGCGUGGUGGCGCCCAACGUGCGGCGGCCCUCCAUCCGCACCGACCUCAUGAUCAUGCGCACCAAGACGUGCGCCCUCGGCGGCGGCGGUGCUGGGGACCCCGCGGGCCGCGACCCGGGGCGCCACUGCGUCCUGCAAUGACGGCCGUCGAACCCCCCGCUCCUCGAGGCCCGCGGGAGUGCUCACAAGAACACGCGCUUCGACCAUUUCAUCCAACUCUUCUGAAAAAGAAAAACACGGUUAAAAAAACAAACGAUUUACGGUAAUAUGACCUUACGUGAAUCGUGAAGAGACCAGUUUUUUUUUUUCAAAUCGCUUGAUUUCACCUGAAGCAUCGUGUAAGUGUCCCAGGUUGGGACGUGGCCCCUUUAAUAUGUUCUGCGUCUGGCUAGGGAUUUUAUUUUUUGGAAAAAAAAAAUUUUUUUAGCAGUUUUGUUGAGUCGCUUCGGAUUUUUUUUUUUUUGACGGUUUUGAUGUGGAAUAUUUUAACCUCGUGCGCCCGAGAAAAAAGUGAUCGGUCAGUGUCGUGUAUUCAGGUUUACGCGCGGAAUGCCAUUGCGACAGCUUCCAGAUCUCCUGGGGCGGUGCGGAGCGGAUGCCCACAGAGUUCAAGAGACCGCCUCGUUUCCUGAGGACAGCUUGGUGUGGCGCCACUGGGCGCCUCCAGGGACCGCGGGGAGGGGAGAGGCACAGCGCCCCGUUCUUCAGCGGCAACCUCGGCGCCAGAGGUCUCCAGGGACGGCGAAGAGAGGCCCUCUAGGGACGGUGUUCCAAGACGGUCGGUUGAGGUAGCGAACAAGCACCGCCUUGUUGGGCCGUAUUCCCGAACCGUGUCCGAACCGAAUCCCAGCAAGGGAACAAAUUCCGGCAACAGUUUAAAAUAAACCUGUGCCCCACGCGAGGCUAGAAUCCGGUUUCA